GAGGCCACUGCGAUGGGUGGCGCCGCAUAACUAGCAGAUGAUGAUGCCGCACGCUUGUUUCUCUCACCCGACCCCGGAUCCUGAGCGGAGCGAAGCCGUGAGCAAAGCACGCGCAGGUUUGAGUGAGACACGCAUGGCAAAGACCCGCACGCUGUCUCUGACGCGGGAAGCACACCACGGUGGCGUCUCGUUUGCAGAUGCGGCGCAUUUCCUGCAUAAACCUUGAGGUGCCCAAAACAUCGCCUGCCAUGUUUACAACCUGGUCGUUGUCGUAAACACUAUUCGGCCCCGGCUUGAGGCCGCUAUCGUCGUGGCUGUUUCUCCAGGCCUGGCGCCGGGUUGACGGGCCUUUCCUUGACCUCAGCCCUCAGGGCCCGGGGCAGUC